CUCUAUAAAUUGAUUCAUGCAUGCAAGAAUGAACUAAUAAAUCAAACACAAAGUUAUAUACAUUAAGCUCUCAUAACAAACAAUGGCUUAUGUUUAUAAGCUUGCUCCUUUAGCUGUGUUCUUCUUGCUUGCCACAUUCCUAAUAUUCCCAAUGAACAAGGUAGAUGCACAAACUGAUUUGCUUAAUGACUAUACAAACAUACUUGGAUCAUGUGGUGGUGGCGAUGGCGGUUGUAUUUGUUUACCGGAGGGGCUCGGAAAGAUGUGCUUCCCAAGAGCAUAUAAAGAUGUUGUAAAAGCAUAUGGAGAAAAUUUUAACGUAUGUCAAUCUCAUGUUGAUUGUGAGAAAAAGAGAAGUGGAAGCUUUUGCAUUCGUUAUCCUGUUGUAGAUUAUGGUUUGUGUGUUAACGUUGCUUCUGAAUCUGUGGCAAAAGACUUAUCUUUGACGUUUAAAUUUGCACCCGAAUUCAUCAAUCACUUUUUAAAGAUGCCGGUCACCACAGCUAAGAUAUGAAGCAUCUUACAUCUACUAUUUUAAAUAAACGAUCUUAGAAAUCCAUUUGGAUCGAUUUUAAUAAAUGAUGCAUGUAAAUUAUUUGUGUGAAACUAUAACUUGGAGUUGAGGCUAUCUUAAUCAUCGAUUUGUAAGGUGAAAAAUGUCUCUUAUAAAUGAUGAGUGACCAAAUAGCGGAAAGAUGAUAAUAGUCGGUUCAAUGAAUCUUGAAGAAGUUAUGAUAUUAUCUUAGAAGUAGGAGUUGAGCCUAACUCAACCCUAUAAAACUAGCUUAUGAUAUGCCAUGUACUUUGCUAGAAAUGUUAUAAAUCAUGCAUUACUCUCAUUCUCUAAU